AUGCUACAUAGCAAAAUGCAGAAAGCGCUGAACUAUGUUCAGCAGUGGUGCACAUCAAAGGGCCUGAGGGUAAAACCAGGCAAAACGGAAAUGGUGCACUUCACAAGCAAAAGGAGGGGUGCCGUCCAACGCCCCUCCAUUUACAACACAGAACUGAAAUUCUCUGGGGAAGUCAAAUACCUAGGUGUCUGGCUCGACAAGCAGCUCAGCUGGAAAAAGCAUAUCGCCAUGCAAACCAACAACCUCACAAUGACAUACUGGGCAGGCAGGCGAAUGUUCGGAAGCACGUGGGGUCUAAGGGCGAGGUGGGUCAAAUGGAUCUACACGGCCAUAAUGACCCCACAGCUUACACACGCAGCCGUAGUGUGGUGGCCGGCCUUGAAUAAGGCCUGCCACAGGAAAGCGGUGGACAGAGUAGGCAGGCUUGCGAUGCUGAGCAUAACAGGGGCCCUUCGAAGGACCCCGAGUUCAGCAUUGGAGGUCCUGGUCUUCAUGCAACCGCCACACCUGAUUAUAAAGGAGGAGGCGACAAAAGCGGCUGCAAGACUGCGGCUGCAGGGAACGUGGAAGGGAGCCAGGAACGGGCAUACUAGUGUCCUCCGCACAGACAGAGGCUGGAAGGGCUACUGUCGCGCGGUGCUGACACCUGCAGACCCAGAUGGAAAGGACGCGGACUGGACGCCGCCCCAGGGGCUAGUCUGGUGUACAGAUGGAUCUGCGGGGGGAACAAGAGCGGGGGUUUGGUCUGAGGGGCCCGCAGUAGCGAGGACCAUCGGGCUGGAUUCGCACGCAACCGUGCUCCAGACAGAGCUGGCUGCCCUGAGGACCUGCGCCAGGAUGAUCCUGGAGAGAGGGGACAAGGGUAAAAAGAUGUUCAUCUACUCAGACAGCAGACGCGCGCUGAGGGCAAUACUCAAAUAUGAGUGUUGCUCUAAACUAGUGGGUGAAUGCAUAGAGCUGAUGGAGGAAAUCGCCAUGAACAAUCGGCUAGAGAUGGAUUGGAUUCCGGGCCACGCUGGCAUCAGAGGCAAUGAGAAAGCCGAUGAGCUAGCUAAGAAUGGACGCAGAAGGGCCUCUCAGUGGGAAGUCGAGCGCGUAGGCGUGCACACCGACUUUGUGAAGGACUUGGUCAAGGAGCGUGGGGACAAGAGGAUUGUGUUUAGGUGGGGCUCGGAAACUGGCGCCAGACACACGAAAUCCCUCUUGGAAAGACCCACUAGAAAGUUUGCAGAAGCUUUGUUGGGCCUGAACAGGGCUAAGCUCCGAGCUAUAGUCGGGCUUAUCACUGGACACUGGCCCUUGGCUCUGUAUUCAUCGAGGAUUGGCAAAGGGACUGGCUCCCUAUGCAAAAGAUACGGGUUGACGGACGAGGAUCCUCUUCACCUAGGCACAAGAUGCAGCGGGCUCGAUGAAGUCAGAUGGGACGUUUUUGGGUCUGCAGGCAUAGAUAUACAUGUCGACAGGGACGGUAUCAAGGGGCUCUAUGAGUUAGCGCGUAGGGGACUGAUACUCGAGACCAGCGACUGA